GCCGUGGAGACAAGUGUGUGUUUGUGUGUCCCUCACGUCUGCUGCCUGUGUCUCCUGCCUUGCUUCUCAACGUGUGCCCCAACACUGGAUGGCGUUUAGGCUCGGGACUGCUCCAUCCGUGGCUUUUAGAUUGUUUCAAUGUUGGCGUUCCCACAGUUAGUGAACAUUCCGUUGAUAGAUCGCAGAAAAUACUGGACGGGGCUGAGUCGGUGGUUUCUCCUAAAGAGUGUCCGCUUCCCCUCCCCUCGAUGAAGCGCUGCGAUGCCCUCUGAUUUUAUAUCUCUCCUUAGCACGGAUAUCGACCUUAAUUCUCCCAAAUCUCUGUACUCUAAAGAAUCAGUAUAUGACCUCCUCCCCAAAGAGCUCCAGCUGCAGCCGUCGUCCACCCAGACAGAUCCAGCCUCCAUGAGCCAGCAGAGCGGGGGAGAGGCGGGCCCUUCUCCCUCAGCAGCCUUAGCCUCUGAUGCCACCUCUUCCACCUGCAGCCCCUCCAGUUCCUCCUCCCUGGCUGUUGGAGCACCAUGCUCCAGCCCCUCCUCCGAGCUCCUCACUGUCCCCAAGCACAUGCACUCUGGAGAGGGGGCCAUGGAGGACACGGUGUCUGCCUCCAGUCGGCCCAACAGCAGUGGAUCCACUGCUGGUGGAGACAUGGGCUCUGGUACAUCAGGACUGGCAGUCCAGCAGACUCAGAACACCCCCUCCAAACGAAGACCUGCACUCAACAUAUCCCCCCCUCCCGAGGACCUGUUUGAUGACAGCCAAAUGUCCUGCCAAGAAGAACCUACUGUAUCUGGGCCUCCACCUCCAGAGUCGGAGCACAGCAGUAGCAUGUGGGCUGAUGAUUCCCUUUCCAACUUCAGUUUGCUCAGCACUGUGUCCUACAAUGACAACAAUGAGGUCCCGCGGAAGUCCAGAAAGAGGACACCUCGCCAGCGGCCGGGCCCUAAAGCCACUCCACCCGAGGACAGCAUGGAUGUGUUUGAUGCAGACAGUGCCAAAGCUCCUCAUUUUGUCCUUUCUCAGCUGGGCUCAGACAAGAACAGUGGUCUGGAGCCGGGCAGUGCAGUGAAGGGUGGGAUACUGUGUGGCCAGUUUCCUUCAAGAAGUGAUGGCAAAGAGCUGAAGAUCCUGGUGCAGCCUGAAACCCAGCACAGAGCUCGCUACCUGACAGAGGGCAGCCGUGGCUCUGUUAAAGACCGCACACAGCAGGGCUUCCCCACCAUCAAGUUGGAAGGUGCAAAUGAAACAGUCACGCUGCAGGUUUUUGUGGCCAACGAUGCAGGUCGUGUGAAGCCUCACGGUUUCUACCAGGCCUGUAAAGUCACUGGGCGAAACACUACAGCCUGCACAGAGGUGGACAUUGAAGGCACCACUGUCAUUGAGAUCCCUCUGGAACCGAGUAAUGAUAUGACACUGGCGGUGGACUGUGUUGGAAUCCUAAAGCUUCGUAAUGCUGAUGUGGAAGCCCGUAUUGGUGUGGCAGGAUCCAAAAAAAAGAGCACUCGAGCCAGACUGGCUUUCAGAGUGAACAUUCCCCAGCCCGAUGGAUCUGUGCUCACUCUGCAGGUCCCAUCAUCCCCCAUCCUCUGCACCCAGCCCGCAGGUGUGCCUGAGAUUCUGAAGAAGAGUCUUCACAGUUGCUCAGUGAAAGGUGGAGAGGAGGUUUUUAUAAUUGGAAAGAAUUUCCUCAAAGGAACAAAAGUUAUUUUCCAAGAAAAUGUUUCAGAUGAUAAUUCAUGGCAAGCUGAGGGAAAAAUUGACAUGGACUUAUUCCAUCAGAAUCAUCUGAUAGUCACAGUUCCUCCAUUUCACAACCAGUCAGUUACUUCAGCUGUUUCAGUGGGAAUAUUUGUGAUGACAAAUGCUGGUAGAUCACAUGAGGCUCAGCCCUUCACCUACACUCCAGAUUCAGUUGAUAACUCAAUCCAAACUGUAAAAAUAGAAGGCACCUCAUUGGUGAAAACAUGCAUAUUUGAGGAGCAGAUCAAAACCAUGUCCUCUGAGCAGACAGAAGGAUCUAGUCCCAUGUCUAAACAGGAGGUGACGCCAAUGGAAGUAUCCAGCCAUGCAUCAACAGAUGUGUUUAAGCCGUCCUCUGACACCUUGAGCUCUGUACAGCAGAGUCUUGAGCUCACCUCCAGCCCUCUUCCAGUUUCAGAGUCCUUCCAAAGUCCAAUGCCUCUUCAGCCUGAGGAUGUAGAACUGCCCCAGGCCCCCGCAGUCUUUCCUAGCCUAGACUCCCUGAGCACUAUACAAAAACAGGACAUUGCCUCCUCCACUGCAUCUUUCCCAGUCUCUGGCGACACGUCCAUACCCCCUGUGACUCCAGAGGUGCCCCAGCAGUUCCUCCGUGACCAUCAGGAGAGCCCUGCCUCCGAGACAUCCAACAGCAGUGGGGGGGUGGUGGUGAUGGCUCUGCCCCAAAUGGCCGCUCCUCCCCAGCCUCAGUCACAAGUGUCCAUGUUUGUUCAGGACGGUGUGGCCCAGCUGGAGCAGGCAGUGCGGGAGCUCCAAGCUGGAAACAAUAGCACACUGCAGCAGGUCCUGGAGGCGGCUGUUGCACAGCAGCAGCAGCUUAACUCAGUGCUGUACAGCCCCACACCCUCAGCAGAGUCCCUGCAGCAACAUGUCCAGGAGAACAUGAACAGUCUCCGCCUGGGGACCAACGACAGCCCGCUCAGCACACAGCAACAUCUGCACUUACAGCAGCAGCACUUCCAACAGCAGCAGGUGCUGAGCAACAUGCAGAUGCAACAACAGCUCAACAUUCAACAAAACCAGAACCAAGUUCUGAAUAACAUGCAGCUCCAGGAUCAGCAACAGCAAACCCAGAUCCUCAACAACCUACAGAUGCAGCAGCAGCACAUGAUGGACAAUAUUCAAACUCAGAACAUGCAGGUUCAAAGCCAACAACAGAACCAGCUUCUUAACAGUCUCCAGCUGCAGCAACAACAACAGAUCAUGGACAACAUGCAGCAACACAACCAGUCCACAGUGUUAGGAAGCAUGCAGAGCCAGCCCAGUGUCCUGGGGAGUAUGCAGAUGCCAGAUCAGCAGCAGCAGAGCCAAAUGCUGAACAGUCUGCAGAUGCAGCAGCAGCAGCAGCAGAGCCAGGUGUUGAGUGACCUCCAGCAGCAGCAGCAGGUUCUGGAGGACCUCCAGCAGCACCUGCAGGCUGAGCUCCUCCAACCCCAGGGGCAGCAGCCUGUGUCUCUGUUGCAGCAAGCAGCCGGAGAGCUGCUCACCAUCCAGACCAGCUUCCCCUCUCAACCGCCCUCACACAGCUCACCUCCACAACAGCUUUUCCAGUCCCCCAGACCACUGGCUGAGACACAGGGAACCCAGCAGCAGGUGCUGCUGCAGAAUACCAUCAAUGCACUGACAGUCGGCACUCUCAAUUCUGACCAGCCUCCUACUGGCUCUACCUUAUACCUCUCUCCCAGUGCUCCGCAACAGCCGCAGCCGCAACAGCAGCUUGCAUUCAUUUCCUCCAUGGAGACCUCUUCUAACCAAUCUCAACCGGUUCCAAUGUUUCAGUCCCAGGCUCAAAGUCAAAUGUCACAAAUGCAGCAGCAGAGCACCCCCAUGGAGCAGCAGCAGUCUUCUCAGCAGGCCUCACAGCAGCCCUCACAGCUUACACUGGGCCAGCAAACUUCUUUGUUCCAAAAUCUUGCAAACCACUCCCAGCCAAACACUGUCCCCCAUAGUCAGCUAGCCCAACCUCAGCAGACCGGCCUACUCCUCUGCACCACUGAUAUGAAUCCACAAGCCAUUGCCCCAGCUAUUCUUUUUAGCACCCAAGCCCAGGGCCCCACACCUAUAGGUGGCAUCGGCGUUGGACUCUCCCAGUCUGAUACCGCAGAGCCUAUGUCUUUUCAGGAUGGGAGCUCAGGCAGCAACUCUGCAUCUGCCAGUAACCAACAGGCAAGUCUGUUUCAAGAACAGCAGCCCAUGCAGGUGGUCCCAAGCUCCAACAGUGUCCAGAACAGUCAGCCAGUGGAGCUGUUUCUUCCCUCAGCAUCACUGUCCAACCUGCAGAGCACCCUUAGGUCACAGGACGUACCUAAUCAGGCCACAAACAGUGGGCCAACCAUCUUUGUGGUUCAGGGUGGUGUCAGUGUAGUAGGCAGCCCUGGCCAGCAGCCCCCUGAGCAACUGUUUCAGACUACUGUCACGGGGAAUGUGGCUUCACAGGGCCAGACUAACCUGUUCGUGUUUGGCAUUCAGAAUGAUUCUCAGCUGCUCAGUUCUUCUGGAAGCACAUUGCCAGCUCAGAGCCAAGCUCAGACUGCCACACACAUGCACAGCCUGUUGGAGCAGCCCAUGGCUCAAGCACCUCCCUCCAACCCUUCCACCCUGCACAGCAGUCUGCAGAACUCACUGCAGAACUCGCUCCAGGCACAGCUGCAGACGGCCAUGCAGAACGCACCCAUAGACUCUAGUAUGACCACUCCCAUGCAGACAAACGUACCCAUGCAGACUAAUAUGCAGAACACUCUGCAAGCCUCCAUAUCUGCAACCUCUAAUAUGGAUAAAAUAGAAGACCUGUUAGAAAGCCUACAGAAGCAGUGAUGCAUAUUGUAUCACAUGGGCACAGAGGAGUGAGAGAUGUAGCAAGUUAUACAUUAUAACACCAACCAAUACAUGUGGUGUUUGUGCCAACGCUACAAAGAUUUUAUAUAUUUAAGAUAAAAUAGACCCCUUUUCACUUUGAGCCCAAAGUCAAAACUUUUUAACUGUUAAGUGGAGUGAAAUAUUUAUGAGUUGGUGACUUUGCCUUCGUUAUGACCCCUCUUGCAGGAUGAGAGAGGCCUGUAAUAACGGCUUUUAACCAUUUAAUAUAAAAUGCAGUGUUUAGUUAGAACUUGUCUAGAGGCAAACACGUGUGAAGUUGUGAGGUGCAGAGGGAGCACAUGAAGAUGCUUAACACAAGGUCUCAAGCUUUGGAAUCAAUUCAAAUUGACAUGCAUUGUUUAGAUCUCAUUAUAUGAGUGUUUCAUUCUGUCCUGGCCAGUGGAUUUAACUUAUGCAAAAGAUAAAGGACUGAUUUGAUCAAUACAAACAUAAUGUAAUUCAGAGAUUGGAUUUAAGUGUACUCUGAGAGUAAAGACUGUGAAAUUCUGUUCAUUUCCUAGCACUUAUGUAAUUAAAGACAAGGUGAAGUGAUGUUUUUGAACAUAUUAAAAGCCAGUCCACUAAAAAUUAUCCAAGCUUUUAAUGAGCAUUGAGGUGAAGCUGAGCCUUGUGAAUAAUGUGACUGGCCUUUUAGGGCAUCUCCUAGUGUUAAAGGCUUUACCACCCGCUUCAGGAGUUUUUAGCAUUUUUAUUUGCAUAUUUCCAGUUGUGGAGAAGAUAACCGUUUUUCCUGUUUUUGUGUGGUUUUAUAAACAUUUUAUCUCUAGCACUUUAUAACCUCUGGAACCAGCUAAUCCUUAUACCAGAUCUCAGCUGACCUGACUGAAUUUGUACCCAGUAAUGUGCAUUUAAUCUGACAAAAGAACUAAUAGGCUGUUGUCUUUAUAAAAGGUAAAUCCAUCCUUACCUGGCAUUUCUAGAGAAGUUUCAACUUUGUAUCAAACGUCUGCUUACUGGUAGCUUUUUACAUAAUAGUUGGUGUGUUCCAGUGAAGACCAGCCAUUCCCACAUUAGCUUUGUUUUCCUAAUGAUCAGAACCGCUGCUCAUCACCAUUAGUCCCUGUAUUAAAAUGAAGGCAUAUUUGAAUCUGUUUGAUAUAUCGAUUAGUCUGUUGACUCUUGUGUUUAGAAGUUUGUUUCAGUGUUGGUACUGAAUGCAGCUGGCACCCAGUACUGUCCUAGUGUUUGGCAAACAAAAUCUCUGUUACAUAGAGGCUGCCAUUGUGCUUUCAUCUUUGGUGCUAUGUACAGGAGUGGCUGGCACUUGUGAUGUGUGGUUUCUACCUAAGAGAAUAGCACUGACAUGUUGGAGGUUUGAAUGCAGAGCGGGCUGUUGUGGUGAGGUCCGACUGGCAUGUACCACGCAUACCAAAGCUCCGGUUGUGAAUCAUCUUGUCUUUGUAAAGUCCCUCAUCUUGUUGUUUACUCAUUUGUACUUUUUCAAAUGAAAUGAUGCAGCUUAUACAUUCAGCGUGUUUGCAUUGGAUAUCAAAUAUUAUAAGGUACUUUCUUUUAUGGAUCAUAUUCUAUCAUUAACAUUUCCAUUAAUUUGACAUUUCUUUCUGUUACUUUUCAAAUACUUUAAGCAAAAUCGAUACUGCUGUAUUUUGCAUAUCUACAUUAGUAGCCAACCUGGCAAUAUCAAAAGCCAGUUUUUGAUAGACGUCAGAAUAGCUCUCAUGUGAUAAACAUGUUUACAUUUUCAUAAUCAUACUAUUUUAUCUUGCAACGAUAGUAAUCCAUUUUAAAGUAACUUAUCUUUUGUAGAAUUUUGUAUCCAUGUAUCAAAAUGUAGACUAUUUUUGUAAGAUAUGGUUUUGCUCAUAGCACAGAGUAUCAUUGCUGUUGUAGUUUGAGUGAAUUCCAAGUUUUUACUGAAGUAACAUCAAGCCGUUGUUAGUGUGGGGUUGAUUCAUCCUGCAAAAUUUGUGACGUUUGGAUUGUUGCGUGCUCAUGUGUGACUGUUUUUUUUUCCUAUAUAUUUUUUGCAUCUCAAAUAGCACUUUGACCCGUCCACAAACUGUAGAUCAGGUUCGAGCGCAGUACUGAUGUUUCCAAGCAUUCCAUUCCUCUGGGUUAGGGGAGUUUAAGAGCACAUCCAUGUUAUGAGCAGACAGAAAUGCCUCCUAAAGCCAUACCAACACAGAAAGCCAACAACCUGUGACUUUUCAAUGAAUGUAUUCUUACCUCAUGGCGUGGAAUCGGCGCUUGUUCUACAUCUAACAUCGGACCAAUUACAGUUUUGGAGAAAGUAUAUUUUGAGGCAGAGGGAAGGUUGGAGGUGGCAUCAACAGGGGCUGCACGAUUUUGGCUAAAAAUUGAAUUACGUAUUUCAAAAGAUGUUUAUAUAUUAUGUGCUUAAGUAAGUAGGAUUGCAUUAAUAUUUGAGAGAAGACUGAAUUACACAACCAGUCAGGUUUGGACACGGUUAUUUCAUGUAAUGUUUUUACGUUAUAGAUUCUCACUGAAGGCAUCAAAACUAUAAAUGAAUAUGAAUGGAACGAAGUAAACAAAAAAGUGUGAAAUAACUGAAAACAUGUUUUAUAUUUUAGAUUCUUCAAUGUAGCCACCCCUUUGCUUUGAUCGCUGCUUUGAACACUCUUGGCAUUACACUAAUGAAGCCUGAAGCAGCAGGUGAAAACCAUUUCAGGUGACCUUCUCUCAUUGAGCUUCACCAUGAAGCUCAAUGAGAGAAGGCCCAGGGUUUGCAGCACUGUCACCAAAGAAAAGAGUGGUUACUUUGAGGACUCCAAAUCUAAAAUAUAAAACUGAGUUAUUUAGCAUUUUUCUAGAAGGUAGUGUAUUAACUGAUAAACUAAUUCAAGAAUCCCAUGAAUUUAUGAUUGUAGAGGCCUAAACUACUGGUAGAUGUUUUCUAUAUCUAUCUACACAGGAUGUUUUGGUAUAGUUUUGGUUCCUGAGAGCAUUCUGUUAUAUAAAUGAUAGCAGCCUUUGUAAUUCAAUAAUUGCACCAACUCAUAUUGCGGUUUCCAUUGGAUUGCAAUAAAUUGUGCAGCCCAGCAACAACUGUCAUUAUUGUAUAUGUAAAUUUUUCUGUUUGUCAAAGUUCAUAUAUUGUCGUCCAUUUUGGUUUUAAGCAACCCAGGACGCUCAGUCUGACUCUUUGGAAUAGUCACUUAUGAUUUUAACAGGUGGUAAAGAUAGCACACAACCCUUUGAACAACCUGCUCCCUUGUAAAUGAAUAUCCUUGUGUGUAUAUAUAAAUGUGAAAUGCACUGCAGGGGUAUCUUGAACUUCAAUUGUGAUGCUUUCAACAGAACUAUUGUGUGCCUUGAUAACUGAAGCGUUACUGUUGUGUUGAUGUCUUUUUGUGCAUCAUGGCUACUUUCAUUUUCACUCCCUGGACCGUUUUAAAAUCUCUUUCCUAAACAACAUAUAACCACACCAGUAUAUUUUUUGUGAUUUUUUUGUUUUUAUUUAAUAACUACUUGGAUAAAUCGCGCAGCUUCAACGGUGAAAACAACGACCUGGUUUGUAAACGAUUUUGUAAGCCUCAUGAGAUUUGUACAAGUGAGGUUAAAAGGGACAAAGACGGAAGAGACUGUUUUAUGAAUUACAGAGCUUUUUGUGUUGUGCUUGUCGACAUUACUAUUGUUGCUGUGAAUUGCUUGAUCAAAAAGGAGCAACCAUUAUAAUAAAAAAGAUUAACUGUUUGCCAAUAGUGUGAGCCGUACUGUGUGUCAUCCAUCAGCUCACGUUUCUUAUUUUGAGCUCCAUUCACUCUUAUAACUGUCCUGGCAAUUUACCUGCAAUUUGUCAUAACAGGGUCAUGUGUAAACAUGUGUAAUGUCACUUCCAGGUCCAUCAGAUGAUUGUAAACAAUGAAGGUGUUUACAAUUUACUCUUUUAGCAACAACUCAUCUGACAUUAAAAAGAGACUGCCAUUGUUUAAAGAUUACAAGCAUGGAUCUAUGGUUAUGCUGUGACAGAAAGUGUACAAGGGAGGCUUAUUUUGAAUUCACAUAACAUUACAAGCAGUGACAGCCGGUUAGUGAUAUAGACACUGGUAAUCCUAUGUUUUGCUAGAUUAUUAUUACAUUAUAUACAUAUGUGAUACAGUUUGCAGUUAAACCUGUUCUGAAAGGCAAUUGUCUCUUGUUUUGAUGAAUAAGGAACACAAACAAAGCUAGAAAUCAGCUGUGAAGUUUCUGGUUGGACUUGGAAGUGACAUCACAACUAAACAACAUGUAUGUGAAAGAGCACCAAAUGCCAGGUUAUGUAUGAACAGAGCCGAACCGAUGCAUUUGUGAAUGGAGUUCUGGCAUUUUACUGGGAUCUUUGUGUGAAUGGGGCUCUAGUUUGCUUUUACAAUUUCAUCCUCUGAUAGUUCUGUUGCUCUUUAUGUUCUGUGUAGCUUGAGCUUUAGUAUCUAGCCUUAAGACCCCACAGUAACGGGGGCAAGGUCAACCCGGCGUGUUGUCAUGAACUCCAAACUAUUAUUAACAUGUACUUUGCCUUGGUCUGGACAUUUGUAUACUCUUCUGUUUAUAUCUGUAAUCCUGCUGCUACAAUAAAUGACUUAAUAAAAAAA